CGGAGUCCUGAUAUUCCAAUAAACAAGUGUCAGACCAUCAUCGUGAGUCUGGCGUGAGGUUGAAGGAGUUUGUCUAGUCGAUCCUCUGUAAAUUGAAGGACUUUAAAGCGAAGAAUCAAAUCAAAGAUAACUAAGGUUUUUGUCCGAUUAUAUUUCGGCUGAAUGCAAUGAGUUGGGUGACGGAGGAUGUCCCACAGCUACCAAGAUGACCUAUCUGACCUGAUUCAGGAGGAGAAGCGAUGCUCCACGCUGGACAAUGUCGAUACCAACAAACUACGCAACGAUCGGUUCGAGAGAAAUCUUCAGACAAUGAUGGCAGCUGACUCUGAAGUUGCAAAGAAGAUGUUUUCAGCAGAAACUUGUAAGCCAAACACUGAAAAAGAGAGAGCUGCCAUUGUGAUCCAGAAAUACUUCAGAGGACAUCUUGGACGAAAGAAAUACUUGACACUGCUCUGUGAGGAGUUUGAAAAGGAACAGUCCAUUAUGCAACUGAAAAUAAAAGAACAGAUGGAAGAAGGGGAACUCCUGGUAGAAAACCAUCAACUAGAAGUUUUAUUGGACGACAACAUCACAACACGGAGAAACAGGUCAAGACAUUACCUAGCUGACAUCAUCACGAUUCAAAGGGCGUGGCGUUCUCAUCGACGAAAAAGAGCCAAAAUGGAAGCAGAGGAUGACACUGAGAAAGAUAAUGUCACAGAAAAACAGGAGCGAGCCCCUGUGAGUGGGGUCGAGGAGCGAGCCCCUGUGAGUGGGGUCGAGGAGCGAGCCCCUGUGAGUGGGGUCGAGGAGCGAGCCCCUGUGAGUGGGGCCGAGGAGCGAGUCCCUGUGAGUGGGGCCGAGGAGCGAGUCCCUGUGAGUGGGGCCGAGGAGCGAGCCCCUGUGAGUGGGGUUGAGGAGCGAGCCCCUGUGAGUGGGGCCGAGGAGAAGAGUGAUUCUAUGUCCUCAUCUUACUCGGAAAUCUCCGUGUCGGAGAGCAGUGGGCAGGGACUCGUAGAACAGGACAAGGUGGAAAAUGGCCAAAACCUAGUGCAAUGUCCAGGAGAAAGUGAGGAAGAUUUCAAUAAAAGGCUGCGUAAAGUGAACUAUCUCAGUUUGGCUCAGGAGUUUGCUGAGCUACAGAGAAAAAACAGUGACGCUGGACUAGAUGGUGCUAAUACUGUGGGGAAUAAUCCCACAUCUGCUGAGGGAACAGCGAGCAAGACAAAGAGUGAACCCCAGGCUACAGGGGAAAACCUCGCAGACAGAGGUACAGAAGACUUUGAGGUGUACACCCUUGAGACAAGCUUUAAACCGACGUUUGACUGGGAGGACUUGGAGCAGAAGAUACAACAAGCCACGCGGUCACAGAGCACACUGGAACAAAGAAAUGACCGGGAAACGAUCCGUAAGAAGCUGGCCAUGGACAGUGGAGCAGAGAACGAGAUGUUCAGGACACAGCCGUCAUUCAAGAAAGCGUACUCAGCAAAACCGGCCAAUACCAAUCUACAGAUAUGUUUUAUGAACGAGGAACAAGAAGGCUCUAAUCCACCACCCACGCAGAGUACUGAUAAGUCCAACACGAAUCGCCGAGAAAUCCUGAACGGCUGCGGCAACACAACAAACAAAGAGGAGGGGGAGGAUAAGACAUUCCUGAUGAAGCAGGUCAAACUACAGCAGGAGGCCAAGAUAGCUCUGGCCCAGGCAAGCACUAUGGCCCACAUGCAGUUAGAAGUCGAGAAAGAAAUGAAGAAAAAAACAGCCAACAAAAACAUGGUUGCUGUGCCUUUUCUAGAGAGUAUAAAACACAACAAGGUGAUGAAAGAGGAACUGUACAUCAUGAAUCUGGGUCAGCUACAGGUCCUAGUGGAGGACCUUCACACACAGAUAGAAAAUUUGAAUGAGGACUUGAUGAACCUUCUGAUGGAGAGAGAUGAGCUGCACAUGAGCCAGGACUCCAUGCUUGUGGACAUAGAGGACCUCACCAGGUAAAAACUCAUCACCUUGGUACAAUCCAUGACCUUCUCAGGAGAGCAGAAGAUACAGCAAAGAGGAGUUGAAAAUACUAAAGUCAAGCAGCGGUUGAAAAACAGCCAAAGCAAGGAGAGGUUUACAAAGAAAUUGAUGAAUUUCAAGAGAGUGUCCCAGUGAGAGGAAUACACAAUAAUGUAUAGCCCCACCAAUGAAUGUCAAAGUUAUGUUUCAAAUUCAAAUAAUAUGUGUAUGUUUAUUCUUAAGUCCCAAAAUGUGCAUGUUUGUUUUCUAAAAUACACAGGUUAAGUAGAAUGGAAACUAGAAAAAUAAAUAAGUUCACAACGGACAGAAAUCCAUUUUCAAGCAGCAGAAAAACUUGAAUUGCUAAGGUAGAAAAAUCUUUUGGGUGAAGCCUAUGUCAGUGUUUGUAUUCCAGUCAUGACUACAUUGCUAUAGCAUUGUUGCCAUUAAUUUUUAAAAAGCUUUAAUGUACGUUGAUGAAUGACUGCAUUCAAAACUGCAAUUGAUUAUGUUGAUACUGGACAAUUGAUAGAAUGCAGGUAUAUUUGUUUGAUUCAUUCAUCAAGAAAUCCAGAAUUUUUUUUAUAUCCAUAUACAGCUUUUUAUAGAAAUUUAAAAAUGAUUGUUUCUUAUAGUUGUGGAAGUGAAAAACAUUUUCUGUUUUGGAAAUUUGGAUUCCUCUCUUAUGAAUAUUGCUGGCAUUAGCAGUUUGAUACUUUGUGUUAGACAUCUGUCAUAAAUUAUGCUGAGGACAGCUUUUAAAUUCCAUGUGACUAAAAUUUUCAAUUUAGGGUGGUUUAGAUGAAGUUUUUGACUACUGUAACAAUAUGUUGUAUCUAAUUACACAAUUUGACUUUUUUUUUUUUUUUUUUUUUACAAAUAAUGAAUAUCUACUGCAGACAAUAAUUUGUUUUGGGUCAGUAGCCGAUUCAGAUCAGACAUAUUCAUGGCAGUUAAGUUACCAUUUUAGAGCAUUGGUGUAAAAAAAAAAAAGCGUAUUAGGUUAAGAUAUUUGUUAUAAAUAGGUAUUUAGAUAAUGAAAAAUUUCAUAAGAAAGCAUAUUUUACAGAGAAUACCACGUCACUUACUGUACCAUUGUGAUACAUUUUUGAUACAUUUUAAAGCUAUGUAGUGAUAGAUUAAUUAUUGAAAAUAAAUGCAAUUUGAUAUGCCUGUAAUGGGUACAUGGUAAAUGAAUGAACAUGUACAUGUGUGUUUGGUUUAACCUUUUUUCAUCUUUAAUACCAAUUUUUAUUUUCAUUUUCAGUUUAUUUUGUUUUUUAUAAUCACAUGUCGAUUGUUAUAGUCACAAUCUAUACCUUUUCUUUUGUUUUUGUCAUAUAUAGUUGUGAUUUACAAUUUUUGUUGAUUAAUUUGGAUGACAUGUACUUACUUACAAAAAUGUUAUUUGCAGGGGCAUUUAAAAACUGUAGUGGGUUGUAUCAAUUUUUGAUUCCAUUUUUCUCACUUGGUACUUUUUACACUGACUUCAAUUUCAUUGCUGUUGAAUUUCAAUUUAUUACUUGCUAAGCACUUUUUACUAUUUAUAAAGUUUACAUAGUUUCGAAAAAAACUUUAGAAAAUUUGCACAAGGGCUGAAAAAUAACUUUCUUAUAAUCAUUUGCAAGUAAAAACAUGUUUGACAUUAUUUCAUGUACAAGAAGUUCACUUUAAGUUAAAUCCUGUUGGCCUAUGAAUAAUAUUACAUUUUUUUUAAUCUGGAAGCUGAUUGCCCCCUUCUAAUAUGUUGGUCAUUAUAAAUUUGUACCUAUGUAAUAAUUUAUCACUGACUGGCGUGUAUGUGUUUAAAUCUUACUGCCUCAAAUACUCACAUAUUUUCGUUUAUUUAUUAAGUUAACAUGCUUUAUGUUUUUAUUAGCAAUCUCAUUGUAAUGAUUUUAAUUACUGGUUCUGCUAUGUGUAUAUAUAGUCAAAGAACAGUUAAACAUGGGUAACUGUUGAUAAAAUCAUGUCCAAAAUC